AGAACAUCAAACUUAUGUACAUACCAAUUGCUUACUGGUAUAUCUGAUUCUAUAAUCAGAAUGUCGAAGCGUUCAUAUACGGACUUCGCAUCUCAUGAUGUAGCGCCAGUUUCGAAAAUCUUGGAACAUGCAGAAGAUUUGCUGAGAGCUGUGAAGGCUUUAAAGAAGGAGCUUGAUACAUUUCGUGAUGCUCCCGAAGUAAACGAUCAAAUCGCAUCGAUACUACAGCGCCACAACAAGAAAAUAUUGUCAUCCGCCCAAUUACUUACUCAAGAUGGGACAAUUACCGUUAAUCGACAUGAGCCCGAAUCUCACAAGAUUCAAAAGCUAGACGGCGAUGGAAAAAAGCACGACAAUAUGCAUAUGGCGCUUAUCAUACCACCACUUGUAUCAUUGACUCGGUGGACACUUGAUGAUAUACCUAGCUCGGGAUUACCGCCUUUGCCUCCUAUCCUAGAUCCUACUCUCGAGCAAGCUGCGCUUACUCACUCUGGGAUGACGACGAGACCAACAGAUAUGAGUUAUGAGAGACUCGAGUGGAUCGGAGACGCUUACCUUUACCUAAUGUCUACAUCUUUCAUCUACCAAACUUUCACAAAUCUAAGUCCUGGGCGAUGUUCUCAGUUACGAGAGAGACUUAUCAAGAACGGGACUCUAUCCAGCUACACAAUACAGUACGGAAUUAACAAACGCACGAAGUUUCCGGCCGAGUUUGACUUGCAUGGUCGAAUUGGCGGAAGCCAGGCGUCUCAGAACGCGAAGAAAAAAGUAUUAGGUGAUGUUUUCGAGUCAUACGUUGCAGCUGCAAUUUUGGGAGACUCGGAAGGCCUGUCGCGUGUGUCACUCUGGAUAAAGUCCCUUUGGAGUACAACAAUCGCACAAGAGAUACGAGAAGAAUGCAAAAUUCAACCGCGUCUUACCCAUGAUCACUCGAAAACCGGAAACAAUGACGACAGCCAGAAACCCGCGAAACAGGACCUAAAUCCCAAGGUCCAGCUUAGUCAGGUCAUUGGCGCGAAAGGUGUGAGGAUUGCAUACAAUGACGUGGGUGAGCCAAAGAUGGAUAAAGUCUCGGGGAAGCUCCCUUGGUAUACCGUGGGUGUAUUCUUCGAUGGGUUUGGAGAAAAAAACCUCCAGCUUGGCAUUGGAGGUGCAUUGUCGAAGAAGGAGGCUGGGGCCAAUGCAGCUCGCGCGGCGCUGGAGAACAAAAAUUUGAUCAAGCGCCUGCAGAAGAAGAAAGAGGAAUCCUUAAAAUUAGCAAAGUCAGCCGAGUCGACCCAGCAAGAGUAUGACAACUGGUCUUAGCUACCUACUUACUACCUAGGUGAAUGACAUAUGCUGUUGCUAUGUACGAUGUCAGGGUACAUGGUGUAUGCAGUGUACCUGUUAUGUAGCAC